UACAGUUGUUAGCGCAAUGACCAGCAACAGACGUGGAGCAGUAAUGGAGGAUUGGAUGCUUCCCACACCCAGCCCAAGGACACUAAUGUUGAGCCUCUUCAACGAUGAUCUCAGCUCUGACGCUUUCUCCGAUGUUUUCGGUGACGGUGGCAGCGACAAACCCCAGGAUGGAAUCGAGAGAAGCAAUGCUUUUGUUGAUUUGAGCCAGGGAGAAUCUUCUCAAGUUGAAAGGGCCCCUCUACAUUUUGAACCAAACCUGCUUGGUUCUAUUCAGGAAUCAAGCCCAAAUAAUGACAAUCUUGCAGAAAAGAAUGGUUUCUGUGACCUCAAGAUCGACACUUCCCGUGUCGGUUAUUCCGCAUCAAUUCGCUCUCCUAUCAUGAUUCCAGCCGGCGCACAACCUUCUCCUACCACUGGCAAAUUGCCAUUUCUGAUGCGUACUAAUGCUAGACCAACAACACCGUCAGUCCAUAAGAAAGCUCAAGACCUAUCACGUGACGAUCAUACUUUCUCCUUUAAGCACAUUGUGAGGUCUAAACCACCUUGUUCUUCAAUUCUGGACAAGGGUUCCAGUGUUAUUAAUCAAAAUGAUCCAUCAGCAAGCGACAGGGAUCACCGUAUUCCUGAGAAGGAAUUAGAAGUUGGAGAGGCAAACAGAAACGAAGACUAUUCUUCAGCGCCAAUAAUUACCCAUGUUGAGGAUGGAUAUAAUUGGAGGAAAUAUGGAAAGAGGCAAGUGAAGAACAGUGACCAUCCAACGAGCUACUACAAAUGCACUCACCAAAAUUGCCCUGUCAAGAAAAAGGUGGAGCGCUGUCAAGAUGGUGAUAUAACGGAGAUAGUCUACAAAGGUUCUCACAAUCACCCUUUACCGCCUCCCGACAGCCGGCCAGGUGGCCCAGAGAAUGUCCCAGAUGAGCACUUCCAGGAUUCGCAUGGUGAAGUUCUUGGGACAAAGCUAUCUGUUUCUCUUAACACAGAAGAACCUGUAGACACAUCCAUUACAGAGGCCCAAGAAACUAUCCAUAUCUCGCCAACACCCUCAAGUGAGGAUGUCGACCAAACCCAAAAUCCAAAAGAUGGGGAUGAAGAUGUGACCAAAUCCAAAAGAAGAAAGAUGGAUUCUGCCACUCCAGCCACUGCUAUCAAUACUAUAGACAUAGCAGCUCUGACGUGGACAGCUGUUCGAGAGGCUCGCGUCAUUGUGCAGACCGCAAGUGAUGUCGAUAUCCUUGACGAUGGGUACCGUUGGCGUAAGUAUGGGCAGAAAGUUGUCAAAGGAAAUCCAAAUCCAAGGAGCUACUACAAAUGUACCCACCCAGGCUGUACGGUGCGUAAGCACGUUGAAAGAUCGUCGAACGAUCCGAAGUCUGUGAUCACGACAUACGAGGGCAAGCACACCCAUGAAGUUCCAGCAGCCAGGCACUCAAUCUCCGGGCCUGGUGUUGUGCCACCAGCCAUGCUGCAGCCUAAUAAUGGCAUUCACCGGAGGCCAGAACCGGCACCAGUCAGCCUCGCCCCGUUCGGCGGCGCUGCUGCUGCUGCUUUUGGGUCACCUGGUCAGUUGGCUCAAGCAGCUGGCUUCUCCUUCAGAUUACUUCCAAAUGGCAUGGCGGUUCCGGUACCGGCUCUGGGGAUUUUGGUGCCGGUGCAGAUGGCUGGUCAUCCACCGGCAAUGCAGGGCUACACAAGGCCUGUGCUGCAGACAGGGGAGGCGAACGUGAAUCCGGCAGCACGGCCUGUCUUGCCAGCAACAAAUGCAAAUGGCCCGGUAGCUUACCAACAGUUGAUGGGCAGGUUGUCUCAGGAUCAACUGUAA